AUGUGUGAUGGAUUGGACUCUUCCGACCAUAAUGCUUUGGAAACUUUAUUAAACACUAGGAUCGUAAAAUUCACAUCUGCAAGAACGAUCUCACAAACACAUCUUCGCAAAAUGCAUGUUCAAAGUAUUUCAAUGUGGGAGGGUACCUCGAAUAAUUAUGCGUAUUUGGUCGUGGAUAAUAAGACUAGGGAUGCGGUGAUUAUUGAUCCGGCGAAUCCGGAGGAGGUCGCUCCCGUUCUACAACCACAAUUGAAGGAUAAAUUAAUCAAUUUAAAAGCAAUCGUCAAUACACACCACCACUGGGAUCAUGCAGGUGGAAAUAAAAAACUACUCGAUUAUCCAGGAUUUGAAGGCUUACCAAUAAUUGGUGGUAAAGAUUGCGAGGGAGUUACAGAGACACCAAAAAAUGGAGAGGGAUUUAACCUUGGAGUGAUCAAGGUUAAGGCGCUUUAUACGCCAUGUCAUACACAGGAUAGUAUUUGUUGGUUUAUGGAGGAUGAUAAGGGUCAGAAGGCAAUUUUUACGGGUGAUACACUAUUUCAUGGAGGAUGUGGAAGAUUCUUCGAAGGAACGGCUGAAGAAAUGCAUACAGCUCUUAAUAAAACACUUGCAGCUGUGCCGGAUGAUACAGUUGUUUAUCCCGGACAUGAAUACACGAAGGACAAUGUGAAAUUUGCCGUAUCUGUUUCACAGAGUGUACCAGUAAAGGCAUUGAAGGAAUUCGCAGAGAAGAAUAAGGAGACUCAGGGAAAGUUUACUAUUGGGGAUGAAAAGAAACAUAAUGUUUUUAUGAGAGUGGAAGAUCCGGAAAUUCAAAAGGCGACGGGAAAGACGGAUCCGGUGGAAGUCAUGGCAAAAUUAAGGGAGAUGAAGAAUAAUUUUAAAGAACCAUUAGCAAAGAUCUAA